AUGUCUGCUUCAUCUCAGAACGCCGGGGAAUCCGCUCCCAGUGAAUCUACACGAUCACCGCAGGCGGCCUUGCAACCGUCACGGCUCAAUAGGGCGCCAUCGUUGACGAGCUUCUUGCUCGAUUCUGCCCCUCAACCAUUCUACAUGGCGACGCAGCAUCCGUUUCUUCGUCACGCUGGGCUGGGCACGCUCUCCAAAGAAACCCUCGAACGUUGGCUGUCACAGGACCGCCUGUAUGCUCAAUCCUACAUCGGCUUCAUUGGUGCCCUGAUUGCUCGAGUCGAGCUGCCCUACAGCGUCGCCGACCAGUCCACCUCAUUGCGCUGGCGGAUUGUCAAUCUACUCUCUUCUGCACUCGAGAACAUCCUUAGAGAAUUGCGAUUCUUCAAUGACACUGCGGAAAAAUAUGGCCUACGACUCGACGCAUCCGCUGGGCCAGAAGGACCCUUCACGGCUGAACCAGCGACAAAGCAAUACAUUGACCUAUUCCGAGCUUUCUCGACCGACCCGAGCAUGAGCUUACUCGAAGGCCUCGUCGUCCUGUGGGCUACCGAGAAAUGCUACUUGAAGGCAUGGACCUUUGCGUCGUCGUUCAUGGAGCCUUCUGGAGCACCGGCAGCUCAUGCCGAUAAAGAUGGCGGGGCGCUGCGUAACGAAUUCAUUCCCAACUGGACAAGCCGCGAGUUUGAGAAAUUUGUCGAGGACAUCGCAGAAGUGACGGACCUGUUGGCUGAGCGCGAAGACGCCAUCAACCGGAGUCAGGACGUAUAUACUGCCGUGUGGGCGCGGUUACUCGAUAUUGAGGCCAAGUUUUGGCCCUCUGUAGAAGAAUCCUAG